CGAGGCAAGAGUCUUGUGUUUGAGUUGAUAGCUACUAUCUCAUUUAAACAAUAUUUUUAUUGUAAUAUUUUAAUUCCAUUUAAAUAUGGCCAAACUACUUGUACUGUACGCUUGUUUACUCACCUUAGUUUUUUCGGCUGAAUCUAAAUCUAUAGGUAAUGUCGAGGUGCCAUGUCAUGAAUGCGCUGAAGAGGCCUAUAAACGAACGAAAAGAGCUGAAGCACCGGCUAUUCUCAAUUCAAUCUCGGGGCUAGUUAACGGUAUUUUGGAUACAAACUGGAGUUACAUCACAAAGUUGAACGCCCAAAAACUUGCUGCCCAAAGAAAACCUCAAACUAUUGUCAUUGGUCCCGGUAAUAACAAUAACAAUCGCGUGAUGUUCAACAACAACUAUGGUGAUGACUACAAUGACUACAAUGAUUACAACGGUGGAAACAGCGGGCGCCAGGGAAGCCAAGGAAAUCAGAGAAACCAAGGAAACCAAAGGAACCAAGGAAACCAAAGGAACCAAGGAAACCAGAGGAGCCAAGGAAACCAGAGGAGCCAAGGAAACCAGAGAAACCAGGGAAGCAAUAACUACAAUGAUUAUAAUUACUACUAAAUGACAACUAAAUAUAUACAAAUAUAUCAGGGAUUCUAAGAACUUGUCUAUACAAACCGCAGAGCAUGCUUAGAUGGAUGCAUGCUCAUUUAAUACUAUGCGAUUAUCCAGAAAUUCGAAAAUACUACACAACACUGCAAAUAUUGGACCCUUAUGUUCUCUCUGUGGAUGUUCUCUUAUAUUAAUGUGAACGUAGAUUUAUGAACAAUAACAUAGAUAAGUAACGGCAAAUACCUAAAAUAAUACAUGGAGUCCGAAUAGCCCUAAUGCGUCUGAACAAAUGUAAAGGCUCAAACCUCGUUAAAAUUAAUUAAAGCAAGCAAGAAAACGUG